GCCGUUAAAUCAUAUUCUGUGUAUAUAAAAAGCAAAUUUACCUCGUUUUCAUAAAAUCAAUACAAUACACCACACCAUCGUCUGUGUGUGCAAGCUUCCGAUACCGGAAUAUUGUUUCCGGCCAUUAUAGUAUUCUCACCGACUCGCCGGAUCUUAAUUACCUAGUUGAAACCUAGGGGUGAAGGAGCUGAUCCUAGUAUAAUUUAUUUCUGAACAACAUGCCAACGGCGUCGUAUUGGUGUUAUCGAUGCACACGCUUUGUCAGAGUAGCGGAAGAGGACACGGUUGUGUGUCCUCACUGCGAGGGAGGAUUUAUUGAAGUUGUGGAGCCCAACGCGCCGCCGCGGCGACGUCUUCCAGCCGCUGCGAUGUACAUGCUACGGAACAGCGAUCGAUCAGAUCUGAGGCUCCGGCGUCGUGGUCGACGUAACAACGGCGACUGGUCUCCUUUCAAUCCGGUCGUCGUCCUUCGCAGUGUUGCUGACGUUUCGGCUACCGGUGUGGACGAGAACUCCGGAGGGGGAGAGAGAGGUUUUGAGUUGUAUUAUGACGAUGGAGCAGGUGCCGGUCUACAACCGUUGCCGGCGAUGAUGUCGGAGUUUCUGAUGGGGUCAGGAUUUGAUCGAUUGCUUGAACAGUUAUCACAGAUCGAUAUAAACGGAUUAAGUCGUUCAGAACAGCCGCCGGCGUCAAAAGCUGCGGUGGAAUCGAUGCCAACGAUCGAGGUAUCGAGUUUACACGUCAGCACCGAAUCGCACUGCGCAGUUUGCAUAGAAGCGUUUGCUCUCGGCGCCGAAGCUCGUGAGAUGCCUUGUAAGCACAUUUACCACCCCGAUUGCAUCAUCCCAUGGCUCUCUAUGCGAAACUCCUGUCCCGUCUGCCGCCACGAACUGCCAACAGAUACAACGGAGUCAAUAGAACGUUCGGAGCCAAUCGAGGAAGAAUCAGCGGCAGUUGGAUUGACGAUAUGGAGAUUACCUGGUGGGGGAUUUGCAGUCGGCAGGUUCACCGGCAGCAGAAGAACCGGCAGUGGCGACAGAGAGCUUCCGGUUGUGUACACCGAAGCUGACGGUGGGUUUAGUGACAAUUCCGGUUCACCAAGGAGAAUUAUGUGGGAAUCUAGAAGGUAUAGGGCGAGAGGACAGGGUGGAAUGAGUAGCGUUUUCCGCAACAUGUUUUCGUUUUUUGGAAGAUUGAGAUCGUCUUCAAAUUCUUCCGACUCUAAUGGAGCAUCAAUGAACAGAAGUCGUAGUCUUUCAAGUUCAGUUUUCGGCAGAAUGACAAGGAGGAGAAGUAGAACUUGGAUAUUGGAGGAACAAAAUGGUAUGUCCAGAUUGUAGAAUUCGAUUCAAGAGGUUCGAGAUUCAAAACUCAAGUUCCAAACUUCCAGACAUACCUAUAUUGUAAAUAAUUUUGAUUCAAGUAUUCUGGUAAGUGAACUUAGAAGAAGCAUCCAUGAAGCCUACAAUUUCAUCUUCUGUUUGAUCAGGAAAAAGGAACCAAUGCCUUGUCCAAACAGUUUCUGGAUUUUUGCUAAACAAACACUGGUUUUAAUUUUCUUGAUAUGUAGAUUUCUGCAGUUUAUGUACUUUUAAGUUCAUUUCAUUCCAUUUCAGAACCAAAUUAUCCCAAUUUUGACUUUUCUUAA